CUAAGGGAUCGUUCAGGGGCAGCGGCUCUGUGCCUCCCUCCCUGGGUUUCUGCUGCUGCUGACCUGAGAGCCUGCUGCUCAACUUUCCUCCCGCUGCUGCUGGCGCUUUGAUUCGCCCAUUCCCCUGCUCUGCUUGCGGUGGCUGAGAACUCUCUAAGCGGUUUCCAAGAAUUUCUAAUGUCAAAGGAAAAAGCCAAGAAGCGCCAAGGAGGUGCUGCUCUCCAUUGAUUGGCAUUGACCAUUCUGGUCCUUUCCCACAAGCACUGGGUGAAGAUGAGCAUCCUGUCCCAAGCAUGACGUCAUUGGCAAAUGUCAUUGCUUCCCACCAGUCGGAGUGGGUCUCCUUCAAUGAUGAGCUGCUCGUGCCAGUUACUUCACAGGGUGGCACUGAAGAGCCUCUGGAAAAGUGUUUUUCCUCCUCCGAUACUUCCUCAGAAGACAACCGUAAUGUGGAUGGAGAGUUUCAGGACCUCUCACACACUGAGCUGAGUGAUGACGUGGACAAGCCCGUGGUGAACUCUGCAUCAGUGUCUCUGCUUGGGAACCAUGUGUGUCCCAAACCUGAUCUAUCUUCAUCCAUCAGUAACUGGGUUCAAUUUGAAGAUGUGCCAUGGACCAGCACUUUACCAGCUCACAUACAAACAGCCCUUCCAUCAGGAGCACCCUGCUGGACUUCUCCCUCCUCAGAUUAUUCUGAGAGACAACCCCUUGCCUCAGAGAGCAGCUGGACAACCAACUCAGAGGACACCAGCAGCCAAAGCAUUGCCCCCUCCUACACAGAUUUGCAGUCGAUAAAUACUGAGGACCUGACCAGUGGUGGGGCUUCUGCAGCAGACUCAGCUGACAAUUCCUCGUCUUUCCAGGAAGAUGAAGAGGUAGAUAUGGAGGCUGUCAACUGGCAGCUGAACAGCACCCCCAUGAAUGGGCACUCUCCAACCCCAACCACAGCUCGUUUCCCCAGCUGGGUGACAUUCGAUGACAAUGAAGUCAGCUCUGCUUCCCUCCAGAACCUUUCUCCCUUGAAACCAGACACCCUACCAAUAGCAGCGCAGACUGCAGAUGUGAACUGUAAUCUUGCUACAUCCUUGAAGAAGAGGGAGCGCCCCAGGAGCACAUUGUUGGACCUCACGAAAGUUCAAAAGCUAGAUCUUUCCUCCUUAAAUAGGCUGCCUUCUGUUGGAACACCCCCCUGGAGUGCUACUAAUCCCUUCCUGGAUGAGUCUCUGAGGGAUGUCCAACCCUCACCCAUCAACCCGUUCAGCUCAUUCUUAGAGGAACGAGAGAGGCAUUCCCACAGCUCCUCUCUCUCCAGUGCUCCAUGCCAAAGGCAAAGAGACUCCCUUAUUAUCCUCUACCAAGAACCUGACACCAUCAGCUUUGAUGAGUCAAGCAAAAACGUAACCCACACAGAUGCUGUUGAGCAGCUCAAGCAGCUCCGGAUUGGGGAUCCAGAUCACCUGAGCAGCCCAACUCUACCUGAUGAUGACCCCCUGAUGCCAUUUGAGGUGGAUGGCACAUUGUUGAACUUGGCCCCAUCUCAGCCCAAGGAUGGCUGGCCAAUGAUGCUCAGGAUACCAGAGAAAAAAAACAUCAUGUCAUCUAGGCAUUGGGGUCCAAUCUACGUCAAGCUGACUGCGAGCGGGUAUCUACAGCUUUUUUAUGAGAAAGGACUGGAGAAGCCCUUCAAGGAAUUCAAACUUGAGAUCAGUCAUGAGAUUUCAGAGCCCAAGCUCCAAAACUAUGAUGAGAAUGGAAGGAUACACAGCGUACGUAUAGACCGCACCAUCUACAAGGAGAAAAGGAAGUAUCAGCCUAAACCAGCAAUCAGCCACGCAGCAGAAAGGGAACAAGUGAUAAAGCUAGGCACUACUGAUUAUGAAGACUUCCUUAGUUUCAUCAGCGCAGUUCAGGAUAUACUAAUGCACUUGCCAGCCUCAUCAACAGAUCUGAGCAUGGUGGGAUUAAACUAUCAAGAGGAAGAAAUCACUGUUGAUGUCAAGGAUGAGUUUCAUGGCAUCUUGGCCAAAGGAGACAAUAGGAUUCUCCAGCAUAGCGUGCUGACACAUAUACAUGUUCUCAGCUUCCUUUCUGGCCUCGCAGAAUGCAGGCUGGGCCUUAAUGACAUCCUUAUAAAAGGGAAUGAAAUCGUUGCACGGCAGGAUAUUAUGCCCACCACUACCACUAAGUGGAUUAAGUUGUAUAACUGCCAGUUUCAUUCAUGUGUGGACGAGGAAAUGUUUAACAGCUCCCAUGUUAUCCAGUUUAAUCCCUUGGAUGCCUGCCGAUUUGAGCUGAUGCGGUUCAGGACUGUGUUUACUGAGAAGACUUUGCCUUUCACUCUGAGAACAGCAGCCACUGUCAAAGGUGCUGAAGUGGAGGUCCAGAGCUGGCUGAUGAUGUCCACUGGGUUCUCCUCCAACCGUGACCCUCUAACUCAGGUCCCCUGUGAAAACGUGAUGGUCCGCUACCCAGUGCCAAAUGAGUGGGUGAAAAACUUCCGCAGAGAAAGUGUCCUGGGAGAAAAGUCUUUGAAAGCCAAGGUGAACAAGGGUGCCAGUUUUGGGUCAACCAGCGUGUCUGGUUCUGAGCCAGUAAUGAGAGUAACUUUGGGAACUGCCAAAUAUGAGCAUGCCUUUAAUUCCAUUGUAUGGAGGAUAAACCGACUGCCUGACAAAAACUCAGCUUCCGGCCAUCCUCACUGCUUCUUUUGCCACCUGGAGCUUGGCUCUGACCGGGAAGUGCCUUCCAGUUUCGUCCGCUAUGUGGACGUGGAGUUUGACAUGCCCACCGCUUCGGCGUCUAAAGCCACUGUUCGGUCCAUUUCUGUAGAGGACAAGAGUGAUGUCAGGAAAUGGGUCAACUAUUCAGCACACUAUAGUUACAAGGUGGAAAUAGAACAGAAAAAGAACUUGAAUCUUGAUCUGAAGGGAGCAGAAAUUGAAAAUCCCAAGGAUUGUGCCAUGCAGUGAAGGAAGACCCAUGGAGGAGCAGUAAUGUCAACGGACCCAGCUGAAAAGAACUGCAACACCUAGCUUCUGCUGUAAGAAGUACAAAGCAGUACUUUAAAAAAAAAAAAUGCUCUUCAGUGUGACUGUGGCUUGAGUUACCUCGCUCACUAUUAUCUGUAUUUUGGCAGGAGGUUCGUUGACAGUUUGUUUAGAAGAGCUUAGGGAUUUGCUGGAACAUUUUAUAUUCAUCCAGUGUAUUGACUGAAAGACUUACACUACAUUCAAGCCUGCCUUCCUUUCUGCUUCUUCACGAUUUACCUUCCUGCACUGAAUUAUGUUAUGUCGACAACUGCAGCCAAAACAAAAAGCAAACCUGACCUCGCUUACAGUCUUCUCCUAUCAUUUGAAUGUUUUCUUGUAAACUGGUUGUUUGGUCAUCAGCAGAGCCUUCCUUGUGAUCUGCAGAAUAAAACCUUUUGAGAGCUAAGCAUUGCGGGAACUAAGGAGCAUCAAGGGGAAAAGUGGUGCAUGAAAAGGUCUUCCUUUUAUGAAAUAGUCAACAGAAUAAAAAUUUCCCUACAUCCAGAACAUAGUGAACACCAGGGAAAUAAACACAAAAUAAUAUAGCUGAUUAUCUGACUCUUCCCAGUCACCUUUUCUUAUCUCAUCCUCUAAAUCUGAACACUAAAGUAAUGCACAUUUUAAUAGGAUCUUGACUAGUCAUGAGAAAAAUUCAUUUGUUCUUAAGGUUUUCACUUGCUGGUCAGGUUUAUGGGGGGAGGGAUAGCUCAGUGGUUUGAGCAUUGGCCUGCUAAACCCAGGAUUGUGAGUUCAAUCCUUGAGGGGGCCACUUAUGGAUCUGGGGGCAAAAAUUGGUCCUGCUAGUGAAGGCAGGGGGCUGGACUCAAUAACCUUUCAAGGUCCCUUCCAGUUCUAGGAGAUUGGUAUAUCUCCAAUUAUUACCUAUUAGCUUGACUGAACAUGUGAUAGCUGCUUUUAAUAAAGAGUGUGCAAUAUAUAGCAGGGAUUAAUCAUUCCUGCCUAGAAAGAUAUCUGAGGGCAAUAGAUUUUAUUUUAACAUUUUCCUGAAUGAUUAAGUAGGCUGGUUACUGGUUCAUGUUGUUUGGUCAGUAGGAUCUUGGGUUCCCGAUACUUUCGAAGGCAUUAUAAGAAGUAAAUGUUGUGUAUUCCUGUCCUUGUAAUACAAUGUUGCUUUCAGGUUUCAUCCUAACAGUACUUCUUAUUCCAAGAAAGCAUACAGUGUAACAAAUGUGUGUAUUGUAGACACCAUUAUCUUUUCAGUCACACUCUAACUGGGACUAAAAACCUCUAAAAACAGCUCUAUCACAGUGAACUAAGGAAACCUCCCCUCGGCUGAAAGUAGCAGCAAGUCCCUCCCUUAUCUUUUCCCUAGACCAGACUGUAGAAGGCAAAAUCACUCACUCAAUACACAUUGCAGCUGAGUUGUAAAAUGUUUACAAUACCUAAUUUUUACAGUUGUGUAUCUGACCUAUUUGCUUCCCUGCCCAAAAGUAAUAGUUUUUGAUAAAAGAAUAGUAACUUGUUGAACCAUUUAUCUUUUUAAAGGGAUGCUGUUGACUUAAAUAUCAUACAUUUUAAAAAAUCCUUAUGGUAUUAUUAAUAACAUGCUAAUUCAUUAAAAUAGAGAGACUUUUAAAAUUCUAAAUUUAUUUUUCAUUAUUUGUGUGCUUUUUACAUUUUGCAUUUCACUCAGUGUGGGUCAUGGAAAAUAGACUUUCAUUUUGGUCCCUGGCUACUUUCACUGUGAUUUCCAUGAACAGUGUUGCUGUGUUCAGGUUCCAAAUGCCACACGGGAUUAUUUACAUUUGGACUAAAAAUUGUUUUGCUUAAAACUUCAAAAAAAUUACGAGACCCCUUCUAAGGUCCUCUUUUUAUAUGCAUCUAAAUGUUAAGCCUAGAGUAAUCUGAUGAUGUCCUUUUAAAAUCAAAAUUAGGAAAAAAAAGGAAGGCUUAUCUUUUUCUUCAGGUAGCAAUAAGACUACAGCAUCUAUGGCAAAAGAACAUUUCUAAAAAAUAAUUCAGGGCUCGAUCCUUCAAAGACUUGUUACUGGGCAUGGAGCUUUCAACUGCAGGUAGUCUUAGUGAAGCCCAAGGGACAGCUCCAAGCACUUCAUUUCAUAGUAAGUAUUUGCAGGAUCUAUCUGUAAAUGGGAACACUCAUACCCACCUUUGUAAAGCAUUUUGGGAGCUGUGGAUAAAAAGCACUUUUGAAGUGCUAAGUAUUUAUGACAUAGGGUUGCAUAAAGUUAGAGAGAUGUACCUGAAACAGCCAAACAGUCCCUAACUCUGGGGUGAAGGAAGAUUCAAAAUCUGAACCCAGAUCCAAAUAUCUUGAUUGACGCUUACACUGGGCUGGCUAGGAACUUUGUAGCUCAGGUCCAUCUCUGUAUAAAAUAAGAAUUUCCUCCCACUGUUCCUAAAACUCAAAACAAACUGUUGUUCAAAAAAGUUUAGAUAACUUUUGUUCCCCUUAUUUUCCAUUUUCACUGUUGUCUCUAGAACUCCAGUUUCUGGUAGGAUGACCAGAUGUCCUGAUUUUAUAGGGAUAGUCCAGCUAUUCAGGGCUUUGUCUUAUAUAAGUGACUAUUACCCCACAUUUGCUAUUUGUCAUCCUAGUUUCUGGUAAGGCCCAGAAAGAGAAGUAACAAAUUAUAAGAAGUGAAUGUGUUCUCAGAAUGUUUUUGAGGAACUAUCGGAAAGCUCAUGUGAAAGAGGCUUUUAUUAUUAAAUUUCUAGCCCAGAUUUGCAGACCCAAAAGGUUUGGCUAGCUUAGAUCAGUAUAUGAACUUUUGCGUGCUCUCCCCAACCUCUGAACAUUUGGAAAUGCAUCCUAGUGACAGUUAAAUAUAAGAAAUAAUUAAGCAAGAUUUGGCAGGCCUUGAACAGAGAGGGAACUUAAACACAAUUUCCCUUCUCUGUUUUAUUUUAAGAAGUUUAGUAUGUAUGGAAGUCCAGCCACAGGACAGAUACUUUCCAACAAAUGGGAUGAUGGAGACUCAGAGGUUUCUGUUCUUGCUUCAUUUCUCUCUUUCUGUCUCUCUCUCUCUCUUUAAUUCAAAAUAAGUUAAUGAAACUAAGACUAUAAGACUGAUUCUGAUCUCACUCAUAUCGGUGUAAUUCAGGAAUAGCUCCUCAGAAGCCAAUUGGAGUUCAGUGGAUGAAAUCGGGUCAUCUAUUCUUAAAAAACUAUUUUAAUCCCCUUUUGAUUUCUGCGGAGCAUCCUUGAUACUUUUAUAUUUAUGCAGUCAGAUUUUCCAGAAUUCAGCACCAACUAUGAAAGCCAGAUUUUCAAAGCAACUUGCCUCCCUAUUAGGCACCAGAAUAAAUGGCCAGAUUUUCAAAACAGCAUUGGGUGCUGGACUCUUUUGAAAAUCUGGCUAUAAGUGUUGCAAAUUGGGAGGCUACUAGAUGGUGGGAACUCUUUAAAAUCUAGCCUGAGGGCUGAGCACUUGAACAUCUGGCCCUUAGUGCCUUCAGAGGGCUACACUGUCCUUGUGUGAUGUGGCCAAUGCCAGCUUUCCUCAAUGGCAGUCUGUCUUUCUAUCUCAUUCUUUCUGCUAGUGUGCAGUUAUGCAUGGACCAUGUUCUCCAUUCACAGGGCACACAGGUUGGGUAGGGGGAAAAUUCAAAAAUUUCAUCAGACCUUAGAACAGCAGAAAGGAUUUAGAUGCAAGAGGUUUGUAUGAUAGGAAUAAUUAUUCCACCUCUGGGAAAAGAUCCCUUUAAAUGCCUUCCAUUAGGUACACCCUUUGUGAGUGACACAGUCUCUGCCCUUUGAUCUCACUUUGAAGUGCUUAUAGUUCUGGAGUGCAACAUGCAAAAAAAGUGCCUUCAGUGCACCUGUACGUUUAUUUCCUGAAGCUAUUUCCACUCUGACCUUCCCGUUUUCUUUUUCAGUUUAAUUUUUGGAGAGUAAUGGUACUUGGGGUACAGUGUGGUUGCUAAUGUUUUUUUGGGGAAAAUCCACACCAGGUUUUAGAGAAACAAACAACAUUUGAUCAGAGUGAUUGGAGACUAAAGUCCUCCCCUUAAAGUUAAACUCCUCUUACUGAUACAUAUUGUAUUUAAUAACUCUAGAUAUUGUGCUGAUGAGAACAAAAGGAAAAAAGGCAAAUUCAUCUGAAAAAUACUCCAACAGAUUGACAAUACCUGCUGCAUUUGAAAAUUAUUCAAAAUUAAAAUGAUAAUCCCCGCUAAAGACUGGGGAAAUUUUAGGGCUCUUCACUGCAUGCGUUGUCGUCUGAGCAGUGCUGAGAUACCGUAUCAUCGUGACAUACAUUAUCUUCUGGCAGGGAGCUGGUUGGAAUACCUAUCUGACAAGACAAUCCAAGACUUACAGAAGCCACACGUCCUCUUGACUCAUGAACUGCCUAGAGUCCCUCCUGAUUACCUCACUACUGAUGAAAGGAUCGAUUUCAUUGCAAAAGGUCCUGAAAGUGAAAGAAGGGGCACCAAAACCAGUAAAGUCCAUCUCUGGAGCCCAGUAACUCUGCCAGUUGCUUUCAGGAAACUCAUUGAUUUCAGUGGCACUUAGCAUACAGUGGCACUUGGCCCUGAUGUGUUACCUUUAUUCUAGAGGUUGGCAAAUUUUAAAAGAUAAUACUGCGUAGGUCAGCUUUUACAGAUUUAGUCAACAUGGUUUUCAUCAGUCUAGGAAUUAACAGAAGCCGCUGAUCAGUUGUUGAAGAAAUACAUACCAUCUGCUGCCAUGUAGCCUAAAGCAACCUGCUGUGAGCCUUGAAGCCUUCUGGGACAACAAAAUUUAAGUUGUUCCUAACCUUCCUUAUGCCUCAUCCAUCCACAGAAUUCAUAACCUCUUGCACUAUUGUGAUGGACUGAUCUAAUUAUUUUGUAACAUGUUCCUCUCUUUUUGUUUUGUAAAAUAAGAAAGUCUACACACUGGCUAACUCUGUAGAGGUGGUUUAAUUAUGUUGUGAUAUUGUUGCUUUUUUUAGUAGCUGUGGAGUGGGAUAUAAUUUUUGUUUGAAAUGUGGGAAAACUGUUAAAUAAAUGUAAACACAAAACAAAA